GCUAGAGAUACAAAAUCAUCUCUUGCCACAAAAGAUGAGCAGAUAGAAAAGAUUUUCUCUUUGAGUUACAACCAUUUGCCUCAUCAUUUGAGGCCGUGUUUCUUAUACAUGGGAGGGUUUCCAGAAGAUCACGAGAUCAAAGUCAGUAACCUGAUAAGGUUAUGGAUAGCUGAAGUCUUUGUGAAACCAGUUGCAUCUAAAAGCUUUGAAGAAAUUGCAGAAGAGUAUCUAGAAGAUCUUAUCAGGAGAAGUCUCGUUGUUUCCAAGAGAAAGUCCAAUGGAAAUAUCAAAAGUUGCAGCCUUCAUGAUCUGGUACGAGAUUUAUGCAUAAAGCAAUCCCAUGAAGAGAAGUUUAUUGCGCAUGUUAAGGGUAGGCAAGCUUGGAAGCUGCUGGAUCGCAUGAAACACGAGCGCAGGAUAAGUGUUUCUCACUCUGAUCUUGAUUCUGUUGAUUUCUGUUUUAGCUCAACCAUCCGUACUAUAUUAUACUUCGAGUAUGCACUUAAAUAUUUUGGGAGUUUUAGAUUGCUCAGGGUCCUCGACGUGCUGAGAGUCCGAGAUAGGCCUAGUUUUAUCCCUGAUCAAUUUUUUGAGCUGUUUCAUACUUUCAUUUGAGAUACCUUGCUUUCUGCUAUAGUGGUCAAAUUCCUGGAGCAAUAUCAAACCUUCAAAGUCUUCAAACCUUAAUCAUUAAGACAGGUGGUACUCUGUAUUUGAGCUAUAAAAUUUGGGACAUGCCGCAACUAAGGCAUCUCAUUAUCCUCGGUGAUUAUAACUGUUACUUCAAUAAUCUCAUUAGUGCUCCUGUUGGUCUAAACAAUCUGCAAACACUAGUAGGGAAAGUGAGAAAUGUCACGAGUUUCCUCCACAUGAUUCCCAACCUUAGGAAACUGUCCCUCUCUUAUUCCAGGGGAUCAGGAGAAUUUUUCUUCGAUAAUCUUGUAAAGCUCCAUCAACUUGAGAAACUGAAGCUGGAAAUCGAGGGACAUUGGGUUGAUUAUGGUUUCCCCAAACUUGUUCUUCCAACUUCGCUGAAGAAGUUAGCCUUGAUCGGUUGGGGUUCUAGCAACACUUACCUCGGUCCUAACAUCCCUUACCUCGAUAUCCCCAGUCCCUUGCCUAAUCUUCAAGUGCUCAAACUUAGAAAGUUCAAUUUUAGGAAACAACCAUGGGUUACUCGUGAUGAAGACUUCCCAAAUCUGAGAUUUCUACUCAUUGAUCAAUCAAAUAUCCAUCAUAAUUGGAAGACCGAAGACAGCCCCUUCCCGUUGCUUGAGAGCCUAUUGAUUCAUUCUUGCCGGAAUCUACAUAAAAUCCCAGAUAGUAUAGCAGAAAUUCCGACACUGAAGUUGAUUGAGGUGAAGGACUGUGAGUAUUCGCUGGCGGACUUUAUCAAACAAAUGCAAGAAAACCAACAAGAAGAUUGCGGAGAUGAUGUCUUUGAAGUUCGUUCUAUUGGAUGUGGGCCCAAAAGUUAUCAGGUUUCGCCCCCACAAUUGGAGAAGAAAAAGUACCAGCGACGCACGAAAAGAUACAAGAAGGGAGCAUAUUUCAUGGAUUUGGCAUGAUUUGAUCUUCAGCUAUGAGGAAAAACUGAAGAGGAUUGAAGAACAACAUGAACGACGUUUCAGAGGAUUGAAGAACAACAUGAAUGACGUUUCAGGGCUAUAGUAUUCUAAAGGUAUCCGGUGACCCGGAAAAAUAAACAAAGAAAAUGCCAAAGUGCCCUGUCCUACUGGUGGGGUAAUUCUUGAUGCCGAGGUUUCAUGUUUGAAUCUCAUUAAUAAUACUUUAUUUUGUUAUGCGUAACUUUACUUUCCUUUCCUAUUACAUGAAGAUUUUUUUCUAUUAUCAUUAUAGUUGUAGUUGUUGUUGCUCUUGUAGUUGUUAUUAUCUUUUGAAUAUGUAAUAUGCCUAGUUGAGAAAGUUGAUUGACUUGAUCUUCUUUUCAUGUUACCUUAUUAGAGUGAGAAGCUCAUCAAACAAAGGGAAAGAUCCGAUAACAAAUUUUUUGAAUGGCGAUGUUUUGGUA